CCACCGCCCAAGCUCGCGUGCAAAUGCAAGUUGUUUCUCAGUUGGAGUUACAUUUGCAAAAGGAACGUGAUCGUCUUCAAGCUAUGAUGCAUCAUUUAUAUUUAACUAAACAAUUUCUUUCACCAAAAAUGAAGGAAUUUAAGGACUCUAUUGAUCAGCAAUAUAAAUGUAUAUCUGCCCACGCUUCGUCAAGUAGUACAAAUUCCAAAGUUUCGCAAGAACUAUCUGCUUCAGUUUCUAAUCCGUUAUUAAAUUCUGGUAAUACAUCAACUUUAAGAAAACGUGUCAACGAUAAACCAUGUGUUUCUCUAUCUGGCGGUAUGUGUUUUGUGAACUUAUUACCAGAAUGA